UGGAGCAGGAGGAAGGCGGGCGGUCCAGGAAGAGCAGUCAGAGUGUUCAUAAGAGGUGGGGGCCAGAGACGAGGCUGCUGCUGCUGCUGCUGCUGCUGUAAGCUUGGCCACACAGCUGCACACCAGUAGUAGCUCUUCUCUCUCUCUCUCUUCCUCUCUCUCUCUCUUACUCUCACUCUCAGUGUCUCUCGCCCUCUCUCUGUCUCUCUCUCUCUCUCCCGCUCCCUCCCUCCCUCCCUCACUUGCUCACUCGCUCCCUCCCUCCUCUCGCGGGUCUCUUGUCGCGCUCUGCGUGUCCUGCGUGGAAAACAUGGAGCCCAACAGUCCCAAGAAGAUCCAGUUCUCUGUGCCACUGUUCCAGAGCCAGCUGGACCCGCAGGCCGCCGAACAUAUCCGCAAGAGAAGACCCACGCCUGCCACCCUGGUCAUCUACAAUGAUCCAAACGCAGCCGAUGACAAACAGACACCCAGUGGCCAGGGAGAGGCUCCCGGCACGCAGCUCUCCCCUGCACAGAGGAAGCAAAGUGUUUACACACCGCCCACCAUGAGAGAGCUGCAGCUGGUGGUGGAGCAGCACUUUCAGAGGCAGGAGCAGCGGCAGGAGGCGGGACUCGCCGACAGCCCUGAAACGCCCAGCCCAAUCACGGCGCAGCGCUACGGCAACAGCGCCGCCGCCCCGCCGUGGGCCAACCACAACUGCCCCGAGCCCAAUGGCAAUGACGCGCGGGUCAGCCAGCCCCUCGGCACACAGGGCGGCCCGGGCGGCAGCACUGCUGCUGGGGGGAGAGAGCAUCAGAGCGACAGCCACGGAGCGCGUGCGGUGGAGGACAGGGACUCCACACACCCCCAACCUCACCCCCACCCCCACCCCAUCCCAGCCUCGCUGUCCCGCCAGGGCCUGUCUCACCUCGACCCGCUGUCCGAGUCCGAGGAGCUGUCAGCAGUGGGAGGUCCACCGCGCCGUAAAGACACACCCUACCAGCACCAGCCCCCCUUCACCCCAGGAGUGAAGCAGCUGAAGACACAGACGCAGUCCGGGAUGCCCUUCCCUGAGGAAGAGGAGGCCCUCAGCGAACAGGAAGAAGGAACCGCAAAGUGAAUGCACAUGUUGGAAGGGCCGGAGGUGCAUGAAGGUUUAAAAGAGCUAACUAUAGGGGUAUUGUUUUCUAAAGUGAACUUUGAUUUUUCUGUUAUUUCUCACUUUUUUUUUUUAGUGAUCUGAAAUGAUUAAAUGAUUCAUGGCGUAGUGGUAAUACUGACGACCAACAAGUAACAAUGAGUUACGGGCAUUGAAAUCAUCAGCAGUUUCUGUGUUUCCUUCACUUCCUUUCAACAGUUUAGUUGGUAUUCUUACCGUUCCUUUUUUUAAAGUUGAGGGUUAGGUUUAGGUCAGUUUAGGUAAAGGUUCUUGUUAUUUCAUGUGUUGAUGAUUGCUUUGAAAGAGCCUGUAUGACAAUGUCACAGCAAUACUGUCGCAGCAUGCAAAAGGUGUGUCAGGCUGUGGACUGGUGGAUGUCUUCUCAUCACAGAGAGUAAAGCUUUAUUGAGUUUGUACCGGUAGAAUGGCAAAGACGUGUGCAUUCCUGACAAAUGUACUUGUACUAUUUUUGUAGUUUCUGCUGUUUCAUAUUGAGGCUGUCGAUGCAUUGAAUAUGUGAGACAUUGUGAAUGGAGUGGUGUGCAUUAGGAAUCGCAAUUUAUACUGUUUAUGAUGAGAUUCUGUAAAAGUGGCUUUAGUAAAAACCCUGACUCUGAGAAAAAGACAUCUUUAUUUCAUACCGAGAAGAGAGCAUCUUAUUGUUCAAGAAAUGCGAAUGCCAGAAUUCCUCUUUGUAUAUAAUCCAAAUGACACCACAGGCUUUUGUGCGUUGUGUUGAGUUAAACUAGAGAACCACCCUCCUUGAAUUGUCAAAGAGCUUAAGAAAAGCACACAGCAACACACAGCUUGCUCUGAAAGGUUCCAAUAAAAAAUACCCACACACCAGAAGCUGAAUAGUGCCUUAACCUGAUUGAAUAACCUGGUCAAUAUUGGUCACGUUAUCUUCACGGUAACAACUUCAUAAUUAAUGAUAGUUUACUGCAUAUGCAAGAUAAUCUAUUUCAAGAAAUAGAAAUCCUCUGUGUCAAUGUUAUUCAACUGUAAGGAAUGGAAUUUUAGAAAUACUGUCUCUAUGUGAAUGAGACAUUUAGGUUCUAUUAUAUAUAUAUAUAUAAAAAAAACUUGUAUCAAUUUUUGUUUAAAAGAAAUAAGCAGGUAUUUUGAUUAUGUAGUGCAAAUGUGAAAGGCUGUGUCUGCCUACAUGUAGACACAGCAUCUCAGGUCUGUACACAGCUACUACAGAUGUCUGAGGGAAUUGGAAGAGUUUAUUGAUUAUCUGAUGGGACUUGAUCGUGCUGUCCUAAUGACCCUUAAUGAAACAAUAAUUCUUUGUUUAGUUCGAUACAUUUCCACGAGUGAGAACAACUUGUAAUUCGAAAAGGAGAUACAAAUGUAAUGGAAUAUCUGAUACUUGCCUGAUGAACUGGCAGCUUUCAUUCCUGAAUGUGUUUAAUUUUGUAUUUUUUUUUUAGAUGCAUGGCUUUUACCUGACCAAAAAAAAAAUAUAUACCUGCUUUCUUUGCUUUA